AUGAUAACCGCAAUUUUCAUAUACGAUUCCAAAGGAGAUAUACUUAUAUCUAAGCUAUACAAGGAUGAAAUAAAGAGAAACAUAGCAGAUGUUUUUAGAAUACAGGUUAUCAAUCUGGCAUCGUCGGGAAGAUCGAACCGAGAUCAACGCACACCAGUGUUGACUUUGGGAUCGACAUCAUUCAUUUACAUAAAACUGGGUAAUGUGUGGAUAUGUGCAGUAGCAAGGUCAAAUCAAGAUUGCUCGGCAAUUUUGGAAUUCUUGUACAAACUCGAGUCGCUUUUUAGCUUGGUGUUGUGGGAGGACAACAAGAAAAAGUCUCUGCAGCAGAAGCCAACGCUCUCAGAUAUAGCCAUAGUCAAUAACUUCCCCCUUUGCUACGACAUUUUGAGCGAGGUGUGCGAUUAUGGAUACCCCACGAAUAUGGAUUUGGAGUACUUGAAGAAAUACGUUAUCGGGUUAAACGAGUCGAAUAUUGGUAUAUUUAGGAAGGCUUCUUUCAAUCCAUUGAAAAAGAGUGCACCGGCGACACCAGCAACACCGAAACACCAAACUGUCACUUGGAGAUCUCCAACCAUCAAAUAUAGGAGAAACGAAAUAUUUUUGAACGUGCAAGAGAAAGUAAAUGUAUUGAUGAACUCUCAAGGUGAUGUUCUCCGGAGUUAUAUCGAUGGAGCAAUCAAGAUGAAGACACAUUUAUCAGGCAUGCCCCAGUGUCGAUUCGGAUUCAAUCAGAACACUAUUUUGCUUUCCAAUUACGAUGUGCCAAACGACGAGAGAGAGGGAGUGGUUGCUUUAGAAGACUCUAAAUUCCAUCAAUGCGUUGAGUUGGGGGCUUUUGAAAACGACCGAUCCAUUCAAUUUAUUCCUCCGGAUGGUGAAUUUCAACUCAUGAGUUACAAUUGCAGUCAAAAUAUCAAUUUGCCGUUUAAAGUAUAUCCCCAAAUUCAAGAGAUUGGAAGAAACAAAAUCAUUUAUAAGAUAAGAAUGAAAUCGUUCCAACCAUCGAAACUUCCAGCCACCGAAGUGGUGAUGCACAUUCCAACACCUCGUGGAGUGGCACUGACAAAUAUAUCCAAUUCAAAUGGAAAAGCCAAGUUCCAUUCAGAAGAGAAUGCAAUCAUUUGGAAGUUCAAUAAACUAUUUGGAGAACAGGAAAACAUAUUAACGGCUGAAGUUGAAAUAAAAGCACAAUCAAAUGAGCUUAUACAGUGGAGCAGACCGCCGAUCACUUUGGAUUUUAUGGUGGAUAUGUUUUCUAGUUCAGGGUUGACUGUUCGGUAUUUGAAAGUGCAAGAAAAGGCUAAUUACAAAACAGUGAAAUGGGUUCGUUAUACAACGUUGUCGGGCUCAUAUGAAAUUAGAUAUUAG